GAAUAAAAGGGGAUAUUUUAGCAACGUCACAUCUUAAGUUUUCUAUCGAGAACGGUGAUAUGAUCAUAUUAAAAAUGUAGCAACGACAUUUUUAUUUUUCAUUUUCCGGCUACCAUUGGAGUUGGGACCUCCACCGCACGGGUCGUCGUUCCACAGCCCCGGUGCCUGGACGGCCGUUCCACAGCCCCGGCCUGUCGCCGGCGCCCUCUGCACUCCUACAUAAGUGAGCCGGAUCCCCACAGCCGGCUCAGUGUUUGGUCUGGACCCGUGUUAGAGGGAGAGGUGCGGAUUAGUAAGAGAGGAGAGAGAGAGAAGGGAAGAUCAAAUCAGAGGAGUGGGAAGCAUAGCCAUGGGCUCCAUUCUGCACCUGACUCUCCUGCUGGCGACGGUCGGCCUCGGCUCCUGCGCCACCUUCCAAUCGUCCUCAGCCUCGGCAGGCGGUCCGGGCGGCGGAGGUACCGCCUUCACGACCAGCACGCGCUUCAACAACCGCCCAGCAAGCACCACCUCCUUCACCACCGGCACGGGACAGACGUUCAACAGCGGAGGCAGCUUCAACAGCGGCGUCGGCAACCGCGGCUCCUUCCGGCCGUUCCAGGUGCCGCGGGUGCCGUCUUUCAACUUCAACUUCAGGCCCAUCGCGUUCCCUCGGGUGCCGCAGUUUAGACCACAGACGCAAUUCUUCGGUAACAACGGCGUCGGCUCGAGGUUUGGAGGAAACAGGUUCGGAAGCGGCACGUCUGGUUUCAGCACUGCGGGCAGCAACGGGUUCAACAGCAUCGACGCCAACGGCUUCUUUAACAGGCUCAGCAAUCAGAUCAAUCGCUCGUUCGCCGCUAAUCUCAAUGGUUAGAGAUUAAGUGCAGGUGGAGUGAGUGAAGAGUGGGAAAGGCUGUCACGUUGUGUGCAACACGGAAUUGAAUGACAACAUGUUGCAAUGAUGGGCUUAGAGGGAAAGAACGAUGGAUUGCACAGUUGAUUAAGUUGCGAUGUUACUGACUGUAUAGAGCCGGUUGUGGAAAUGUGCAGUUAGAUUUGCAUAGCGCACAUCCAAGGCCAACAGUAAAACGUUCGCAUGAUGCGCGGCGUUUCUGAACAAAUUUGAUGCGAGCGAUAUCCGACAACGGUGUUCGAAAUCGACGUCAAUGAUGAGCGAUAACUCAACGUAUAGCGUAUGACGUUAUCAACAAAAAUGGCCGUACUCGGAGAAGUUUACGGUCGUGCGAAGAAAAAGUGAUAAAACUAGUGAUUAGUGGUUGUUGGUAUGUAACUACGCCGUACAUUUAACAACGCGGGUGUCUGGAAACGUGAUGAGAUUAUUACGGAUAGAAGUGCGCAUGUCAGCAAGUAUGCUGCACGCAUGCCUGGAAUGUAUCAUCAUUUCACCUUGCAGUCUUCCAUAUCUAUCAUGUCAACGCCGUUGUGCCUUUUCUCAGGAAUCUGAGAACUGUUUGCGUGUUCCAGAAAUCAGUUCAGCUUUCAGAUUCAAAAUAUGGUCAAGGAGCCUGGUUGUUAAUAGGUUGAAAUGCCGUCGUUAUAGCCGUCUUUUUCACACCGGCUUCAGAACUAAUAUCAAAACGUAUUGCAUCCCACUUUGUUUCAGCUUUUUUGCUGAUUAUUUGAUCGUGCCUUUCCUGAUUUGUUUUUUAUGAUUUCUGACUUGUUAAAUACAUGAGUUGGCUGUU